AUGCUGAUCAUUCGCACUCUCCUCUCCCUUCCGGCCAUCCUCUCAACUCAACUAAUCGCCCAUGCCCUCGCACGUCCAGAUGGAGUCAUCGCCGAAGACAAAGGUGCUGCGAAAGUCGAAUACGCAACCUCCCUGACAGGUGGGGAAGGCUGCUCAGCUUCGGACCUGGACGACAUACGAUCGGGCUUCGCAGAAAUGACCUCUCUUUUCGCCGCAGCCGUUCCCUUCGAUUCCACCUCUCAACCCAGCGUUGAGUUCUUCGGUCCGCCCCACCAUAUCUCAAACUACACCGACAUGAUCAGUGAGAACUUGCAACGAGCAGCAAAAUAUGCGGCCGUGCAGGGCGGAGAGGGAGAAGUGAAUGCCGAUAUACAUGUUCGAUGCGAUGAUCCCAUGAGCUUGUGCGAUUGUGGAAAUAAGAGAGCGGGGAGGCAUGCAUCGUACAACAUAGGCAAUGAGCAGCAUCUAAAUUUUUGCAAGGACUACUUCCGAAUGGAUGAUUUGGAGAGGAUCGUCGAUAGAAAGGCGAAUAAUCAAAUGGAGAAGGAUAGGUUGAUGGAGUAUUAUAACCGCGGGACUCUGUGGGCGAGAAUGGUGAUGCACUUCUCUGAAAUUGGAAAAGCCGUGGUGCAACGAGCGGUUCCUGGCGGACCAAUGUCUACGACAGAGUGGACGACAAGUAUUUCCCAAGGCGCAAUGAAUACCUCUGUCCUCGCUGGGGUAAUGAAUGAGCGGCCAGAUGGACCGGACGAUGUCCCAGCCUUGAAGUACGCAUACGGUGCGACGCGAUCCAAGCUGCUUGCAGUGCUGUCGACCCAAAUGCCUUAUGAUGCCGCGAACAACGCAGAGAAUUAUGCGCUGUACGCACAAGCGCGCUACAUUAUGGCGAAAAAAAGGUUCUACCCGAAUGUCCCCAUCAUGGACUUUCCGAAUGAAGCGACCGUGUUGACGAAUGAAAAUCUCCAGGAUGGCGAAAGAAUGAAGUACGCGUUUUUUGACAUGUCAGAUGUUGUCGCUCGUCCUCUAGGCAUGGAGCUCGAAGGAAGACCGAUUCCUUCAUCGGCUUCAUUCAACUCUGUCACGCCUUUUACACGCUUAGUUUUGACGGGAAAACUGAAUCGCGCCAUGAACGCAACAUUAUCCGGACGAUUUCAUCGCCAUUUAGAUGACCAAGAGGCCAUCUGGAAGUAG